GUAUCAGACGAGGGUUUGUUCCGCGGUACCGGAGCUGUCAGCUCUGCCUGGUGGGUACGCAACGGGGACGUACCAAUUGCCAGCCCGUUGUCACCUCCCCUCUGUCCCCAGUUAUCCGACGCUUUGUCCACCGGCAAUAACCCCAACCCCAGUGCCCCCCCACCCCAAGGCCCUCCGGGGACCUAUCCUGGAGCCCCAGGAGCACCAGGGACCUAUCCUGGAGCAUAUCCUGGAGCACCAGGGCCGUAUCCUGGAGGACCAUCAGGACCGGGACCGUAUCCGGGAGCACCUGGAGCAUUCCCUGGAGCACCAGCAGGACCAGGGCCGUACCCUGCCCCAGGACAACCGCCCAGUGGCCCUGGAUUUGGGCCCCCUCCUCCGCAGGGGGGACCGGCUCCUCCCAUGAAAAUCCCCUUCGAGCUGCCCCUGCAGGCAGGACUCGUCCCUCGGAUGCUCAUAACCAUCACGGGGACCAUCAACCCCAACCCAGACAGGUUUUCACUGGAUUUCAAGAAAGGGAAUGACAUUGCCUUCCACUUUAAUCCCCGCUUCAAGGAAGACAACAGGAAAGUCAUCGUCUGCAAUUCAAUGUUCCAGAAUAACUGGGGAAAGGAGGACAGGACAGCUCCCAGGUUUCCAUUUGAAGCUGGAAAACCCUUCAAGCUCCAGAUCCUUUGCGAGGUGGAUCACUUCAAGGUAGCGGUCAACGACGCUCACUUGCUGCAGUACAGCUUCCGUGAGAAGAAGCUGAAUGAGAUCACCAGACUGUGCAUUGCUGGGGACAUCACCCUCACCAGCGUUACGCCGACCAUGAUUUAA